AUGGAGGCGUCAUUGCUAACGAUGAGAGCAUCUCUCUCUUCCCCUGCAACUGUCUUCCUCAACCAUAGACGCGAGCUACCUAUUUCUCCUACGUUAGCCAAACCUUCCUUCUCUGUUCGCUUCUCUCUUCCUCCCUCGAAGCCACCGCCACGUUCCGGAGCCACCUCUGUUCACGCCGUUAUGACUCUCGCUGGAUCGUUGAUAGGGAAGAAACGUGUGGAUGAAAGCGAGAGUUUGACUCUGGAAGGUAUCAGAAACUCGUUGAUCAGACAAGAGGACAGCAUUAUAUUUGGUUUGUUGGAGAGAGCCAAGUACUGUUACAAUGCGGAUACUUAUGAUCCUACUGCUUUUGACAUGGAUGGUUUCAAUGGUUCUUUGGUUGAGUAUAUGCUUAAAGGCACUGAGAAGCUUCACGCUAAGGUUGGUAGGUUCAAGAGCCCUGAUGAACAUCCUUUCUUCCCUGAAGAUUUACCUGAGCCUAUGUUGCCUCCUCUGCAGUACCCAAAGGUUUUGCAUUUUGCUGCUGAUUCAAUCAACAUAAACAACAAGAUAUGGAACAUGUACUUUAGAGACCUUGUCCCAAGACUAGUGAAGAAAGGUGAUGAUGGUAAUUACGGAUCAACAGCUGUUUGUGACGCUAUCUGCCUUCAGUCUCUUUCAAAGAGGAUCCAUUACGGUAAAUUUGUUGCAGAGGCCAAGUUCCAAGCCUCACCUGAGGCAUACGAGCCUGCCAUCAAAGCACAAGAUAAGGAUGCGUUGAUGAAUAUGCUAACGUUCCCGACGGUGGAGGAGGCUGUAAAGAAGAGAGUUGAGAUGAAAACACGAACAUACGGGCAAGAAGUGAAAGUGGGCAUUAAGGAGAAAGAAGAAGAAGCAGAGCUGAAUGAAUCUCAAGUUUACAAGAUCAGUCCAAUCUUGGUUGGUCACUUGUAUGGAGAUUGGAUCAUGCCUUUGACAAAAGAGGUUCAAGUGGAGUACUUGCUCAGAAGACUAGAUUGA